GCCGCCUACGAGAAGCAAAAGGAACAGCAUCACGGCUCGGAGAGGCGCGCAGACAGACGCCGGAGCCCCCGGCGCCCCCGGCGCUAUAGGGCGGCGCUAGUGCGGCCGGCGCUUAUAUAGGGGGAUUCCCGGCAUGCUCUGCACAACUCCGUCCGCUGAGGCCAGUGCGGGCGAUUGCGCAUGCGCACCGCAGCUACCGUGCCCACACUGAGUGCUGACCCGCCGUGGCUUCGCGGCGCUCAGUGCGCCUGCGCACGCGUGUUCAGCGCAUGCGUCUUCCGCCGCCCGUCGCGGCGCGCAGGCGCAGUGCCCGUUGCUCCCGGCGGCGGCAGCUGGCGGGCCGCGGCGGCGGGACCGGAGCGGCGGCGGCGCCACGGGCGGCAGCGGGCAGCGCGCUCGGCCCCGCCCCGCCGCAGGGGCUGGAAUGCCUUCUCUUUGGUGGCUAGCGCCGGCUUUUGUUUCAACGCAGUACGAGGAGAUGGUGACGCGCGCACGUCCCGUCCCUGGGCCAGGACUAACGCUUCCUGCCCAGCAGCCGGGCUGGGCUGUGGCCUUGGCAUGGAAAGCAGCUUUGUGUUAUUCUUGGAAAGUUUCGCACCACUUGUGAAUUCCUUGAACCUUGGCAUUGCGAGCCCGCUUGUGCCGGGCCCUCCUCCUUUACAGCUCGCGCUAAUUAAGACCCGCCUGGCUCUUCAGCAACUGACCUCGGCUGCCGCCGGCCCCGCGCCCCCGCGUGCCUGGGGACAUCAGGCGUUGCUGGAACACAGCAUGUUUGGCCCCAGAGGAGCUUCACCUCAGCGGCCGAGAGAGGCGAACCCGUCCGGCGCGACGCCCCCGGGACCCUUCCCCGCGGGAGAUGCCGCCGACCUGCAGCGCAAACCCGCGCCCAGAGCGCCCCAAGGGCCCCCCCGGGAGCUCUCGGGACAGGAGUCGUUCCAGUCGACGCUUUCGCACAGGAUAAAGGUGCUGGUGACUCUGCACAGACCCGACCCGAGGCAGGUCAAGGAGAAGCCGAGCCUGCACCAGGAGCAGAAGGCAGAAGCUCGCUCGGCGCGCUGGGACGGGGCCCCGCGCUCGGCGGGGACAGCGGGGCCCAAGCCGCCCGGCCCGGCCCGGGGCGCGGAGCAGAGCUCCAACGCCCAGAACCGCUACACGCCAGAAAGCGCUUCCAGUAUUUUAGCGAGUUUCGGGCUGUCUAACGAAGAUCUGGAGGAGCUCAGCCGCUAUCCAGAUGACCAGUUAACGCCUGAGAACAUGCCACUCAUCCUGCGAGAAAUCCGGAUCCGUAAGAUGGGUCAUUCUGCGGCUGGCGCGCGAUCCCAGAGCCGAGGGGAAGAAACGGUUGGUGGUACGAGUGGUGCGGCCGUCAAGAGCAAAGUGAUUGAUUAUGGGCACGCGAGUAAAUACGGUUACACCGAAGAUCCUCUGGAAGUGCGUGCGUACGACCCCGAAGAGCCGACAGAAGAUCCUCUGGAAGCGUCCGUCUAUAAUCCCGAAGCGCUGGGCAGGGAGGACAGGGAAGACUUCCAGCGGGAGCAGAACGUGCCCGUGGUCGUCCCGCCGCCCAGCGUGCCCUGCAGCCCCGUGUUUCCCGUCGAAGAUUUGAUCAAACCGCCCGUGUUCCAGAACGGUUCAUCGAACGCCGGCUCCUUUUUUCCAGCCGUGCCCGCCAGAAAGGUCCCCCCGCUGUGCCCGUCGCCCGUGGGGCUGCCCGUGGUGAAGCCGGUGGCGCAGCCGGCCCUGCCGGCCAUGCCGCCCGUGCUGCCGCCCAUCCUGCCGCCCAUCCUGCCGCCGCUGGCGCAGCCCAUCCUGCCGCCCGUCAUGCCGCCCCUGGUCCAGCAGUCCGUCACCCAGCACAUCAUCUCCCCGCUGCCCCAGCCGCCCUUUUCCGCCGUUCUCAUCACCACCGUGAGCCAGCACGAGCAGAUCCCGCACGAACGGAUCGUGCACGAGCCGGGGCCGAGCCAGCCCGGCGCCCAGAGCAGCGCGGCGCCCAGCCCCAAGCCCUUCCAGCCAGAGCCCGAGGGGCCCAUCCGCUCCCCGUUCGGGAUCGUGAAGGCGUCCUGGCUCCCCGCCUUCCUGCAGCGCGGCGCGCACAGGACCAAGCGCUGGCCCACGUCCACCAUGAUGAACGACUACUACGCCACGUCGCCACGAGCGUUUCCGCACGUGUGUUCUCUGUGUAGCAUUGAGUGCACUCACAUGGAGGACUGGAUUCUGCACCAGAACUCCACCUCUCACAUCGAAAGCUGCCGCCAGUUGCGCCACCAGUACCCCGACUGGAACCCCGAGUCUUACUCCUCCAAGAGAAAUGCGAGUGAGAGGAAGGAGAACCAGACCCCGAAGCGCCGUUCGGGCUCCGGCAGCCGCAGCCCCAGCCCCCGGCGCUCGCGGGGCUCCGGCUCCAGCUCCGCUCGGCGCCGCUCGCGCUCCAGGUCCAGGAGCCCCGGCCGGUACUGGCCAACGCGGCCGAGAUGCUGGAGCCCGCGGCCCAUGCGGCGGCCGAGCCCCAGACACAGGUCCCGCUCACCGCAGCGAUCCAGGAACCCGCUGAGAAGCAGCCCCCGGCCCCGCAGAUCCGCCAGCAACGACUGGGCAGCCCGGAGAUCCAGCGGCUCCCAAGACAGAAAACCUUCUCUGGAGACGGUGGUGAAGACGCUGAGACCCGACUUCGUAGCCGAGAUCACUAAACAUAAGUCGCUUCAGGCAGCGGGGCCAGGGCCGUCGGGCUCGGGAAAAGCGCCGCGCUCGCACCCGCUGGUGGGGAAGAAGCCGCUGAAAACACGAGUUUCUUCCAAGACUCUGAAGAAAGGUGUGACCGCGGUACCUGGGUCGAGUUCCUCACCUCCCGAAACGGAUGAUCUACCCCAGAGCCAAGAAGAGGAUGAGGGAGAGGAGGAGGCGUCCCCAGGAGCCGGCGGAGCUCAUCCGGCUGCUGACAACAGGCUGUUGAGUGAGGAGCUGCUGAGUUUUGGGACAGUCCUUCAAAUCUCCGAUUUACCAGACGACGGCUUUACAGACCAAGACAUUAAGAACAUUUUCCAGCCGUUUGGCAAAGUCAGUGACAUCCUUGUGCUUCGCUCCAGGAACGAGGCUUUCUUGGAAAUGAACUACAAGGAAGCCGUGAUCGCAGCGGUGAAGUACGGAGAGACUGUGCCCGUGCUGGUCAACGGCAAGCGGGUGAAAAUCAGCGUCGCGGAAAAGCCAAAGGAAUCGCCUGGGCCGGCCAAAGCUGUGACCAAAAAGCGGGCUCAGACUCCUAAAAAAGCUGCGCCGAGUACAAAGAAGCACCGGCCGCCCUCCAGCAAGACAACAAAAGCCCUCCCAGCAAAGCCCCCGGAAGUCGCGGAGGCGGCAGCAGCCGGAUCGGCCGGUGCGGAAGCGCAGGCGGCAGAGCCAGAGAGCGGGAGCGGAGGGGACGGACGGACGGAGCCCGUGGCGGCAGCACCGACGCAGCACAACGGGGCGGCCGAGCCGGCCCCUGCGCCGGAGCCGCUUGCGCAGGCGCCUGAGGCGGCGCUGGCCGGCGCGGGUGCGCUUCGUGAAGCUGUCGCUGAUCAAGAAGCUCCGCGAGCGGCUGCGAAGAGCGAGGAGCCCCCGGCCCCCGGCGGCAAGGACUGGAUUCUGCACCAGAACUCCACCUCUCACAUCGAAAGCUGCCGCCAGUUGCGCCACCAGUACCCCGACUGGAACCCCGAGUCUUACUCCUCCAAGAGAAAUGCGAGUGAGAGGAAGGAGAACCAGACCCCGAAGCGCCGUUCGGGCUCCGGCAGCCGCAGCCCCAGCCCCCGGCGCUCGCGGGGCUCCGGCUCCAGCUCCGCUCGGCGCCGCUCGCGCUCCAGGUCCAGGAGCCCCGGCCGGUACUGGCCAACGCGGCCGAGAUGCUGGAGCCCGCGGCCCAUGCGGCGGCCGAGCCCCAGACACAGGUCCCGCUCACCGCAGCGAUCCAGGAACCCGCUGAGAAGCAGCCCCCGGCCCCGCAGAUCCGCCAGCAACGACUGGGCAGCCCGGAGAUCCAGCGGCUCCCAAGACAGAAAACCUUCUCUGGAGACGGUGGUGAAGACGCUGAGACCCGACUUCGUAGCCGAGAUCACUAAACACAAGAUGCUUCAGGCAGCGGGGCCAGGGCCGUCGGGCUCGGGAAAAGCGCCGCGCUCGCACCCGCUGGUGGGGAAGAAGCCGCUGAAAACACGAGUUUCUUCCAAGACUCUGAAGAAAGGUGUGACCGCGGUACCUGGGUCGAGUUCCUCACCUCCCGAAACGGAUGAUCUACCCCAGAGCCAAGAAGAGGAUGAGGGAGAGGAGGAGGCGUCCCCAGGAGCCGGCGGAGCUCAUCCGGCUGCUGACAACAGGCUGUUGAGUGAGGAGCUGCUGAGUUUUGGGACAGUCCUUCAAAUCUCCGAUUUACCAGACGACGGCUUUACAGACCAAGACAUUAAGAACAUUUUCCAGCCGUUUGGCAAAGUCAGUGACAUCCUUGUGCUUCGCUCCAGGAACGAGGCUUUCUUGGAAAUGAACUACAAGGAAGCCGUGAUCGCAGCGGUGGAAUACGGCAAAACUGUGCCCGUGCUGGUCAACGGGAAGCGGGUGAAAAUCAGCGUCGCGGAAAAGCCAAAGGAAUCGCCUGGGCCGGCCAAAGCUGUGACCAAAAAGCGGGCUCAGACUCCUAAAAAAGCUGCGCCGAGUACAAAGAAGCACCGGCCGCCCGCGACCAAGACCACAAAACCCCUCCCAGCAAAGCCCCCGGAAGCCGCGGAGGCGGCAGCAGCCGGAUCGGCCGGUGCGGAAGCGCAGGCGGCAGAGCCAGAGAGCGGGAGCGGAGGGGACGGACGGACGGAGCCCGUGGCGGCAGCACCGACGCAGCACAACGGGGCGGCCGAGCCGGCCCCUGCGCCGGAGCCGCUUGCGCAGGCGCCUGAGGCGGCGCUGGCCGGCGCGGGUGCGCUUCGUGAAGCUGUCGCUGAUCAAGAAGCUCCGCGAGCGGCUGCGAAGAGCGAGGAGCCCCCGGCCCCCGGCGGCAAGGAGCCCGAUGACACGUGCGUGGUUCUGAUUUCCAACCUGCCCGAGAAGGGUUAUUCUGUGGAGGAGAUUUUCAACCUGGCGAAGCCCUUUGGGGGCCUGAGGGACGUGCUCAUCCUGUCAUCGCACAAGAAGGCAUAUCUGGAAAUAAACAGAAAAUCUGCUGAUUCCAUGGUUAAAUUUUACACCUGCUUUGCGAUAUCGCUGGAUGGCAGUCAGCUCUGCAUCAGCAUGGUGCCGCAGUUUCAGACCAUAAAAGACGAAGAAGCAAUAUUCACUACUCUGAUUAAAGAUUCAGACCCGAAGGUGAACACCGAGACCAUCCACAAGCAGUUUGUGCAUCUGGGGAACCUGCCGGACGACGGAUACAGGGAGCUCGAGGUCGUCUGCGCGGGCCUGCGGUUCGGAAGGGUAGAUCAUUACGUUAUACUGAAGAAUAAAAAUAAGGCCAUCCUGCAGCUGGACAGCCCCCGCUCGGCCCGCUCCAUGCACAGCUCCCUGCAGCACCAGCCCUACACGAUGGGCGAGCACACGCUGACCUGCGCCCUGUCGCCGCGCGGACACGCUGCCCAGGCUGAAGUUGUGAAGACAGAAGGGGAGGAGGAGGAGCCCAGCAGAGGGAGCUCUGGCUUCACAACUGAUCCAGAGGUGUCAGGAGCGGCACAAACAGCAGCUGCUCAUCCUCCAGCAGAGCCCAGCGUGGCAAAGCACGGACCCGCUUCCCCCUCUCCCAGCGCAGAGGAGGCGCCGGCGCUGCAGACAGAGCCCUCCGAGCCCCGGCGCGAUGGAGCAGCCGUGGCAGCUGCCCCGGGACCGGCACCGGCGGCUGCGGAGAAGGUGGACGCUGGAGUUGAAGCGGCUGUGGCGUCUGUCAGACCCGCUGCUGCCGAAUCAUCUCAGGCAAGGUCGGAAGUGGCGCUGCCGCCGUCCCCUGCUGAGAAAGAAGAGGCGGUUAAAGAUCGUCCUGAACCAGCGUUGUUUGAACCCGCUGCUGUAUCCGCAUCGGAGGAGGAUGUCGAAGAGCAGGACGAAGCGUUCUGUGCCCCUGCCCUUGGUUCAGCAGGAUUGUCGGCCGCGGGCCGGGAUGAAGACGUCCCAUCGGUGGGUUUGGCAGCAGGGGAACCCCCUGGAGCCGUCCCUGCGGCGCUGCCCCCCGAGCCCGACGCACCCGCGGUGGAGAUGGCGCCAGCCGCCGUCGCACAAACAAACCAGUUGGGUGCGCCCGAAAAAGAUACUGUUGGUGACGCUGUGAAAACUGAGCAAGAAAUACCUGUAAUUGCGAUAACAGAGAAGAAACCUGUGCUUCAAACCGGGGCGGCCACGGAGGAGCAACUGGAUGUGGCUGGAGCAGAUGUGGAGCUGAAAGCAGAAGAGGCUGUGCCCGCAGUUGGAAGAGCCGCAGAGGAGAACCCCCGAGAGCUUUUGGUCAAAACUGAGGCAGAAACUGAGAAGAAACUUGAAGACUCGGUGAACAAGGUUGGCACUGCUGUGGGAGAUGCUCCAAAUGCUGUCAGUGAGAACGAUGAGGGAAGUUCAAGCAAAGCUCGUCAAAGUAAAGGAACAGGAGCAGCAAAAACUGAUGAAACCCACAAAGCGGUGACGUUGAACUCCUCUCUGUCCAUCAAAGACUCGUCCUGUGUGGGUAAAACGAUUUUAAAGGCGGUGGUGUAUCUGCCGGAUAUAUCCAAGUCCAGGUGUCCGGCCUGGAGAAACCAGCCUUGCCUCUGGAAAGGGGGCGAGCAGAAGGCUCCCUCGAAGCCGGAGACGCGGAGCCAGACGGCGCUGGCGAGGAGAACGGCCUCGAAGGAAGAGGCUCAUCCGCGGCCCGGCAGGUGCAGAGCCAGCAGGAGUUGUGUCGCGGCGGCAAAGGGAGGGAACGGGAGGAAUUCAUCGCAGCAGGAGAAGGAACCUCGGGCUGGUUCCAAACCGGCCCAAGACGCGGAGAGUAGAAUCUGCGGCGGGAAGAAAGACGCCGGCAGCACUAAGGUGUCUCUUGCUGGCAAUACUAAACCUGCCAAAGGUGGCAGCAGCAGCAGCGCGAAUCAGAAAGAGGAAGAGAAGCUGUUUCCGUUUAACCUGGAUGAAUUUGUGACAGUGGACGAGGUUGUGGAGGAGACGGAGCCCCCCGUUCGGCCGCGGCGGAACCCCCCCCGGGCCAAGAGGAAAGACGCUGCCCGGCCCCAGCCGAGCUGCGAGCCCGCUGCCAAGAGGAGGAGAGCCAAGAGCUGCGUGGGCCGCGCCGCGGAGCGCCAGCCCUCCUUCGUCACGCUGGAUGAGACCGAGGAGGAGGAGGAGGAGGUGACCGCGCAGCUCAUGGCCGUGGCCAAUCUGGAGGCGCUGAGCGAGCUGCAGGGCCUGGUGGUGGUGGACGAGGUGAUGGAGGAGGAGGAACCUCUCUCGGAAGCCGUGAAGGACCCGCGGGCGCUCGUCACCUUGGACGAGCUGUCGGAGCAGGACGAGCCGGGCUCCCGGAAGGACGUUCCCGGGUCGGUGUUUGAGGAGCCGGAUUUAAAAGCCGAGCCCUUGGUGACGGUGGAUGAGAUCGGGGAGGUGGAGGAGCUGCCGCUGAACGAGCCCGCGGGCCUGAGCGCGGAGGAUGCCGCGAAGCACAAGGAGGAUGAGAAGGGGGAUCCCGCAGACGCCUCCUCGCAGGUCCCUGAUGACCCCAGCGCGUUGGUGACGGUGGACGAGAUCCAGGAGGAUGCGGACGACAACCCUCUGGUGACCCUGGACGAGGUCAACGAGGACGAAGACGAUUUUCUGGCCGAUUUCAAUCGUCUGAAAGAAGAACUGAACUUCGUGACGGUCGACGAAGUUGGAGAGGAGGACAAGGAGGAGGAAAAUCCUUUCCCAGGGAAAAACCUGAGCAGGGGGGAGGAGGAUGAAGAUGUUGUGGCUGCGGCAGGGCCAGAAGAAACGGGAGCUGUGGGAGAUCCCAGGCCAGAAGCUGUGCCUGCAAACGCAAAGCCCAGAGCGCUUCCCGGCCCAGCCGAGGGCUGAGGGGACAGCGGGCGGGCGCGGGUCGAGGUGACGCCAGGAGAGGAGGAGGAUUCUUCAGUGAAUUAAACCUUGGGGUCCAGUCCAUUUUGUGUAUUUUGUUAUGACCGGAUUUGUAGUUUUGUUUCAGAAACGAACAUUCACGUUGUAUAAAUUUUGAGCUCCGUAGAGACUAAAAAAAAACAACCCAAAAAAGGUGGCUUUGUUGUAUAGAAACCAUCCACGGGGAGGGACUUUUACAGGUGUCGACAUGGAAUAAAUGUUCUUACUGUAUAGUUAA